AUGAAAGACGCGCGUAAGGAGGCGAAUGACCUCGGCCACGUGUAUGAACUGAGGGAGAAACUAGGAGAGAACUCAUGCUCCGAGGUGAGAUUAGCUCCGCACGGACGUACCGAGCAGCUUGUAGCAGUCAAGUGCAUCCGCAAGAGGGCGCCGAAGGGCAAAGAAACCAUGCUGGAGAACGAGGUUGCUGUACUACGUAGAAUCAAGCAUGAAAAUAUUGUUUCCUUGGAAGAGACAUUUCAGACACCUACAAAAGUCUAUUUGGUAAUGACACUGAGUAGAACUGGAGAGCUGCGGGGCAGCUACACGGAGAAGGCCGCCAGUCGUGUCACUGCGGAGGCAGUCAGCUGACUGAACAACUUCUCUGUGAUUGGCUGCUCGCCAAAGAACCUGCUGUGUGAGAGUCCUUUCGAAGAUUCGAAGAUUGUCGUUAGUGACUUUGGACUGUCUAAGAUGGAGGACCAGGGAGUCUUGUCCAUUGCUUGUGGGACCCCUGCAUACGUAGCUCCUGAGCUGUUACAACAGAAGACAUCUGGUAAAGGAGUUGAUUUGUGGGCCCUGGGAGUCAUUUUGUUCAUACUGUUGUGCGGUAAUCCUCCCUUCUACCAUGAUAAUGACACUCAACUCUACAAGCAGAUCAUAAAGGCCGAGUUCGAGUUUGACUCACCAUACGGGGACGACAUCUCAGAUUCAGCCAAAGACUUCAUAGUCCACUUACUGCAGAAGGAUCCAGAGAGGAGGUUCAGUUGUGAGCAGGCCCUGCAGCAGCCGUGGAUUUCAGGGAGGCUGCUCUGGAGAAGAACAUCCACGGCUCUUGUCUCCAAGCAGAUUCAGAAGAACUUUGCCAAGAGCCUGUGGAAGCAUGAGGCCUUCAAUGCCACCAUGGUGGUGCAUCACCUCAGGAAGAAGGCACAUGCUGGUGAAGAGGAGGAUGGGGACAUGUCCACAGCAACGAGGCCGCCGUGAAGCCUCGCUGGCCGCGACCCAGGAGACUGUCAGCCUCACGCUGCCGCCUGAGCGCUCGCCGUAGAAGGUCCUGGGCUACAAACUGCUGAUGUAGGUGCUGCUUGCAGCUUUGCCCAACAACAGGCCGCUAUGAUUUGUCCUGGUGCCAGACGGAGGUGAGCUGGAGUCUCCCUAGUGUGAGUUGCUGCCGCCGCACUUUUCACACUGCGUGUAUGCUUAGUGAAACGCAGCUACGCUUUAUUAGCCAUAUUGAGUGCUUGUAAGUAUGUGAGUGUGCUACUACUUUUGUUAAGUGAUGUGAAAAACGUUGGCCAGGUGAUAUUAGUUUGUAUUAGCAACUGAUGAACUCAAAUGAUAGUACAGUUGCACCAUGCGGAUGGCAAUGUGCCAUGUGGCUUUUGUUCGCUGUGAUGAAAAGCCCUGGCAUCUAAUGUAAUGUGCUGUAAAUUCAUUGUUGUGAUGAUGUACAUGCUGAUGUCUGUUAUACAUUGCAGAGUGGAGCUUUGUUUUGUUGUUUAUUAGUGAAUAAGUCUUUCAAAUGCACAUAAUAUCUUUACGGUGGAUUCCGAACAGUCUACUGAUUGUAUAUUAAUGAAUGAGUCCACUGAAUUUUCAUGAUCCUUUGCAUGUGACUAUUUUACUUUUUUGAUUAACACUACAGCAUUUAAUGUUUGCAUGGAGCAUGUUCUAAGAUUAUUGCCUCAAAUAUGAUAUGUGAGGAUCUUUGAUUCUGAUUAAUUAAACAAUAUAUU